AUGGUUAAUACUCGUGCUACUAGUCAACGUGAUGGAGCUACCACUAGCAAUGCUCCUAUUAACCGGAAUGAGGUUGGAAAUCCGGCUAAUCCAAGGCCUAUUCGAAGGCCAUAUCCCGGUGAACAACCAACUAGGCCGGAGAUUGAACGAGCUAACCCGGUAAUCGAGCAAAUUCCUACUCAAGCUGAAAUGUAUGAGGAAUUGAGGGCUAUGCGAGCUCAACUACAAAGAACCGAACAAGAACUUGCACAAGUAAGAGCUGAAAGAGAAGUCAACUCACACGGGGAAGAGCAUACUGCUUCUAAUCGCUCCAACCGUGUUGAGCCAUCCAUGAUAAGGUCACAAGGUGCUCUAGUGAAUGAUCGGGUUGUUGUUCAUGCUGAGAAUGUUAAUGCUGGAGGAAAUGUAAUUCCCGUCGGUUAUGUUCCACGACCUAAGGAGUUCAAGUUUGAGAGUUUCAAGAGAUGUGGUGCAAAGGACUUUUAUGGUAACCUUGAUGCAGUUGGUUGUAUGGAAUGGCUAGAAGAUAUUGAAGUUGUGUUUGCUUCAUGUGAUUGCCCUGAAGAUAAGAAGGUGUUGAGUGCUUCUAGAAUGUUGAAAGAGGGUGCUCGUGAUUGGUGGAGGGGCACUACGGUUUCUAUGACCCCUGCUGUGAGGUCUGCUUUGACUUGGGAUCAUUUCAAGGAGAAGUUCAUGGAGGAGUAUAUUGGUACCUGUGAGAAAAGGUUGCUCGAGAAGGAAUUUCGUGCUCUUAAAGCUGAUGUUGGAGGCAUGGCCGAAUAUGCUCGUUCGUUCAUGUCAAAGAUUAAGUUUGUGGAGAACUUGCUUCCUAAUGAAGAAGACAAAGUUGCUGCUUAUGUAGAUGGUAUUCCAGCUAGCUAUCGGGGUAUCUGUAGGCAACAUGUUACUCUUGCAGGUGCUAUCAAGGAAUCUAAGAAGCUGGAUGAUGAUUUUAAGACUGAGAAGGCUACUGUGAAGGAAAAUGAUGAUAAAAAAUCUGGUUCUAAAAGGAAGUAUGAUGGAUCAUCGGGUUCUAGUGGAAAGUUCAAGAAAAGAUCAUCGUCAACGGGUGGAAGCAACAACUAUGCAAAGCCGAAGAACUGGUGUGGUACUUGUAAGGCUCCUCACUCAGGUGCAUGUUCAGAUAAGACUUGUAGGUGCGAUACUUGUGGUGGUACUGGUCAUGCUACUUCAGAAUGCAAGGAAAAGCCCAAGUGUUACAGGUGUCACCAACACGGUCAUUUCAUCAAGGAUUGCCCGCAAGGAAAAGAUGAUGGAAAGAAGACAGUUGCACCAAAGCCAAAAGGAUUGCCCGCUAAGGACAACGAUGAGGUAGUAAGCGGUACUUUUCUUGUUAAUUCAACACCUGCUUCUGUUCUUUUUGAUUCGAGUGCAAAUAGGUCUUUUGUGUCUACUUUAUUUGCUCCUAAGCUCGAUAGAGAUACUACUCCCCUAGAUUGUUCUAUAGAAGUUGAGGUUGCUAACGGUACUAUUAGUGACAUUCGAGAGGGUUAUGAUGAUUGUUCCAUUGAAAUAGAAGGUCGUUCCUUUCCGGUUCAGUUAUUGCCCACUACUCUUGCUGGGUUUGAUGUGGUGAUUGGCAUGGACUGGCUAUCUCAACAUGAUGCUAACAUUUUAUGUUCCCAAAAGAUCGUGCGUUUCUCUUCUCUAGAUGGUAAAGUUAUUUCAGUUUAUGGAGACAAGAAGAAAGGAAGCUUGAAGAUCACUAAUUUGAUGAAGGCUCUCAAAUGUAUCCGACAGAAUAAGAACCACUUCCUUGCUUAUGUUAUUGAUGCACGAAAAGAAAAGUCUCCCAUAUCAGAUGUUGAUGUGGUUUCUGAAUUUUCUGAUAUUUUUCCUGAUGAUCUUCCCGGUAUUCCUCCCGACCGUGAGGUUACAUUUCAGAUUGAUCUUGUACCCGGUGCUACUCCUGUUGCAAAAGCACCAUAUCGUUUGGCUCCUACAGAAAUGAAAGAGCUUAUGUCUCAGCUCCAAGAGCUACUUGACAAAGGUUUCAUACGUCCAAGUUCCUCGCCUUGGGGAGCUCCUAUUCUCUUUGUCAAAAAGAAAGAUGGUUCUAUUCGUAUGCGCAUAGACUACCGUGAGCUUAAUAAGCAAACGGUUAAGAAUAAGUAUCCUCUCCCACGUAUCGAUGAUCUCUUCGAUCAACUCCAUGGUGCUUCUUACUUCUCAAAGAUCGACUUGCGGUCUGGCUAUCAUCAAUUAAAAGUCAAAAAGGAAGAUGUAGCCAAGACAGCUUUUCGUACACGUUAUGGGCACUAUGAGUUUCUUGUCAUGCCAUUUGGGUUGACAAAUGCUCCUGCCGCUUUUAUGGAUUUAAUGAAUCGGGUAUGUCGCCCAUUCUUAGAUCAUUUUGUGAUUGUCUUCAUUGACGAUAUUCUUAUCUAUUCGAAGUCUGAAGCUGAGCAUCGUGAGCACUUAAGAGUUGUCCUUGAGGUUCUUAGGGAGAAAAAGUUAUAUGCAAAGUUCUCAAAGUGUGAAUUCUGGCUUCGAGAAGUUCAAUUUCUCGGGCAUGUCAUCUCUUCCGAAGGUAUUAAAGUUGAUCCUGCAAAGAUUGAAGCUGUCUCCAAAUGGGAACAACCAAAGACGCCUACGGAAAUCAAAAGUUUUCUUGGUUUAGCGGGCUACUAUCGAAGGUUCAUUCAAAAUUUCUCUCGUAUAGCUAAGCCUAUGACCGAAUUGACAAAGAAAGGAGUGAAGUAUGUGUGGACUGAAGCACAAGAAAAGGCUUUCCAAACGUUAAAAAAAAAGCUAUGUGAAGCUCCUGUCCUCGCCUUACCAGAAGGUACUGAUGAUCUUGUUGUUUAUAGCGAUGCAUCUAUUUCAGGUUUGGGUUGUGUUCUAAUGCAAAGAGACAAAGUCAUUGCAUAUGCUUCACGCCAGUUGAAGCCUCAUGAAAAGAACUACCCGACUCAUGACCUUGAAUUAGCCGCUGUAGUGUUUGCUUUGAAGUUAUGGAGACACUACUUAUAUGGCACUAAGUGUACAUUGUACACCGAUCAUAAGAGCUUGCAAUAUGUGUUCACUCAAAAGGAUUAUGAUUGUGAGAUAAAGUAUCAUCCUGGUAAAGCUAAUGUGGUGGCAGAUGCGUUGAGCCGAAAAAUGAAGAAUUUUUCUUGUAGAUUGAUGAGUAUGGUUGUCCAAGCUAAGUCUGGGUUACUUGAACGAAUCAAGGAAGCCCAAGCUAAAGCUCUACUGAAAGAAAAUGUUGAUAAAGAAAGUAUCGGCAAGAAGAAGCGACUUGCUAUGGAAAUGAAUAGCCGUGGAUUUCAGACCUAUAAGGCCGGAUUUGGGUACCAUUGCUUGAUGGUAACCGUGAGUUGA